AUGUUGCCUCUCAUUUUCGCCGCACCCCUCAUCGGCGCUGCGUCGGUCGCUGCAUCCGAGCGGCGUCAGUUGGUCACCCGAGGUGAUGGAUUCAUUCGGUCACCCGUCAAUGCGCUUCCUGGCCCCGCCCCGAGGCUGCGGGUACGGCAGAACGAGAUUGAGGUCGACAACCAGCUGUCCGGCACCAGAUACGUCGUCGACGUCGAGAUAGGGACCCCGGGACAACCAGUGUCGCUCAUUCUCGACACGGGUUCGCCCGACACGUGGGUAAACCCGGAUUGCGACAAUGUCAAUCAGGUCGCAGACUGCGAGUCGCACCCCCGCUACGACUACACCAAGAGCCAGUCUGCCAAUGUAACGCGAGCUGGCGAUGUUCUCGUCUACGGAAUUGGUAAUGCCACAAUCCGCUAUGUCCGCGAGACGGUAACCAUUGGAUCCGCUACCAUCGAGAACCAGAUCAUCGGCGUCGCAACUGAAUCGCACAGCAUCCCCCUCGGUAUCCUGGGCAUGUCACCCAACCCCAGCGGCCGAAAUGACUACCCAUACAUCCUUGACACGAUGGUCGACCAAGGCUUGAUCAAGAGCCGCGCAUUCAGCCUCGACCUGCGCGGCGUCGACAACCCCAACGGCGCCCUCAUCUUCGGCGGCAUCGAUACGGGCAAAUACAUAGGCGAGCUGGCCAAGCUACCGAUCCUCGACCGGCGGGAGACGCCCAGGACCGCGGACCGCUACUACGUGACCAUGACCGGGGUCGGUCUCACCCUGCCGGACGGCUCCGUCGUGCAGUCGGAAACACUCGAGGUGCCCGUCUUUCUCGACUCGGGCAGCACGUUCAGCUAUCUGCCGCCGGCCAUCUACGAGGCGUUUGCCUCGGCCUUCAACGACGCCGAGUACGACCCGCGCACGGGCUUCUACUACCUGCCCUGCGACGUGGCCGAUGUGGACGGGUCGGUCGACUUUUACUUUGGCGAGAAGGCCAUCCGCGUGUCGCUCAACGACUUCAUCUGGCAGGUGCAGGGGUACUGCAUCCUGGGUGUGCUGCCCGACAACGAGGAGCCCAUCCUGGGCGACACCUUCUUGCGCGCCGCCUACGUUGUGUUUGAUCAGGACAACCGCAACCUGCACAUUGCGCAGGCGGCAAACUGCGGGACUAACCUGGUCGCGAUCGGGUCUGGAGUGGACGCUGUCCCGUCGUCGACUGGAGAAUGUACUGAACUCCCUACGCCUACUGCUACCGGCGGCAGUCUGGACUUUACGACGAGCCGUCCCCCGGCGAGCACCUUUACUGGGUCAGGGCCUACUGGCGUCGUUAUAGGGCCUGGCCCGGUUGCGUCAAAGGUCAGCGGGUCGACUGAGAUCCCCGGCCCGACGCAGACCGGGUCGGGCUCAAGUAGCGAGGCCGGGGGAGGGGCAAGGGCAGGAAGCGCCGCGCUUGUGGCACUUGCUGUGGUGAAUAUGCUACUGGUUUGGGUUGUCUGA